GAACGCUCGCAUGUGCAGCGUUGGCGGCAGUUGCUGGCCGUUCGUCGACCUGCACGUAUUUCAACGACGGGGGGAACGGAUAGACGAGCGUGCCACCUGGCUACGAGCGGAGCACACGCCAGUGUCUCGGCGGCCGAAGGGCGAGAGGAACAAGUGUCCACGCCGAGCUACAGGGUCAGAGGAAGAUGGCGGCGACGGCGCAUCGGAACGUGCCAGAAUAGUUAGUGAUGCAGUGCGCGGCCGUAUCGUUGCGUGCUCCGAUCGUCCCGCAUGAGCUCGCUCGUGACUGAGCGGAGCGCGGCCAGAUGACAUGGGAAUUUGUAGCAGAAGGCACUUUCUACUGACGAUAUGCGUUCUUCAACUGAUCACCACGAUAGAGCGCCAAGUGUUUGACUUCCUGGGGUUUAUGUGGGCUCCGAUACUGGUCAAUUUCUUCAACAUAAUCUUCGUGAUUCUAGGAUUCUUCGGGGCCUUUCAAUACAGACCCAAGUAUAUCAUAUCGUAUUGUGUGUGGAACACAUUGUGGCUAGGAUGGAACAUAUUUAUAAUAUGCUUUUACCUCAGUGUAGGAGUACUGGACAAAGAUAGCGAUAUUCUCAACCUUGGCACCGGCAGUUUUUCAUGGUGGCACGUGAACGGACCAGGCUGCAAAGCUGUUUACGAUGUUAUGGAGCCGGAGCUUUUCCGACCUGCGCGUCCCACUAAUGUGACUGACUGCGUGCUGGACUACGAAGUGAUAGAAAUUUUGCACGCCUCGAUACAAUGUAUCUUAGGUUUAAUGGCGAUCGUCGGCGGGAUCUGUCUGAGUAAAGUGUUCCUCGAGGAAGAUGAUAGCUUACGAACUAAGCGACGGAAGAAGCAGCCGCGGCCGCUGUACAGCAUCGAGUAUUCGCAGCCGGAGCCGCCGGUGCAGGACGACAGCGUUUCGCCGAAGCCGAUGACCCCGCGCAGGGUGAAACGACGCUCGGUGAUCUCGCGGGACGGCACGCGCCGCUCGAGCCGGCGCAGCUCGGUGCGUCAAUCACGUCGGAAGAACCCGGUGAAUCGCAUCAUGGACCAUCAGGAGAACCUGUACGCCAACACCGCGUCCAUCAGCCAACUGACGAACCAGAACGUCAACACGCUCAACUCGCAAUCAGGCUCCCUCAACUACGAUCGAAUCUCGUCGGUCGGCUGGGACCGCGACUCGCGCAACGCCAACUGGCAGCCGGAGGCAGUCAACAUGGCGGUGUCGUCGCCGACCUUGUGGUCCCAGGACUUGCCCAACAACUACUCGAACACGUCCAGCUAUCCGAGCCAACUGCAGAGCUCGUCGGACUGGGAUCAGGCUGGGAGUAGCUCCACGCGCAACCUCACUGACAACUGGCAGACCUCGACCGAGCUCAGCCCGAUGCAGUGGCAAGGUCAGAGCAACCCCACGUUCCAGCAAACGAGCACGCAGAGCUUGAACGGCGAGGACCUCGAGGAGCUGUAUGGCAAUCGACCAGCCAGCGCUAGGUCGAGCUACAGCAACUACCACGGCGUCAGGGCGACGCCGCAGGUGCCCAAUCGGACUGACGUGGUCAGACAGAGCCAGCGACAGUUCGUCCUCAGCGGUCCACCCGCUUAUCAGGACACGGUGAUUUGACACGUGGCGCUAAUCAAAGCGAGCUAACGGGACGCUCUCUGUUGACAACUCGCUCCGAAAGGCAUCGUUCGAGAGACGAGCGAGUCGCGAGAGCAUGACGAAGCAACGGAAUCCUUCGCUGAAUCCUAUCUACCGUUGAUCCACGAUGUGAUACUCACAGUCAACGGGGUGUGGUCGCUCGUGAGCGACCACCUCUCGUAGAACCGUCUCGUAGUGAGAACGGUAUUAUUUUUGAUAGCGCUAUCCUUUCGAUUCUGCCGAGAGAACGCGACAGUGGCUUUUACGAGAGCGAUACGUAGUUGAAGAGAGCGCGCUGUUGUGAUCCUCCUUCCACCGUGCCGAUUGAAACGAUUUUUAGCACUUUUGAGAAUUCCUGCACCUUCGAUUCGUCGGCGGCUGAACCGUUAUUCACCUUCACCAUGGUUCCGUCACGGUUGUUCGACUACAUUUAUACUAUAACUAAUUAAUUCACUACAAUGUUAUAGUUACAGUUUAAGCUACAUUAUUCUCAACGCUGGAAGAAGGAUCAAAGAGGGAGACGCGACUUUUCGAUGAUUUUAGAGCUUUACUUCGUACGAGUCGACGCGACGCGACAGGUAUCCACCGGUAUCGCAUCGCGUCGUGAUGCGCCGCGGUAAGCGAUCAACGUGUGCACUUGCUUUCAACAUGUCUCAAUGAAAGUUUCCUCACGCUGCAGCUCAGAACACAGUCUACCGGUUCAAUGAGAGACGUGUUAAUUUCCAGAAAUUAAUUUCCGGAUAUUAACGUGUCCGUUAAACCAAUGUCUGACGCAUAUUACGCAUGUCUGACGUGUGACGUCUGACGAUCUAUCGUGAGAGAUCAGCGUUAUAUAGCGUGAGACAGCAUUAUUUUCCUAUGUCCACACGAUCAAACCGUAAAUCUGUUUUGCACAUUUAUGUAGAAAAGGAUACGAGGUGGCAUGUGGGGAGGGUUUCUAAACUAAACUCUGGUGACAAAGGUGUUAAUCAGAAACAAGUUUUCUUAUCCGACUGUUGGUUGCGUUUCAAGCUGCAGCGAGAGAGAGAGAGAGAGAGAGAGAGAGAGAGAGAGGGGGGAGGAGAGCUGGAGAUUCGCCAAACCGUAUUGAAAGCAGGUGUACAUGAAGAGCACGUGACUUCACGUGACUUCCUCGAAGACUCGAGGAAACUCGUUCACGCAGGUUAUCCCUUUGGAUAGCACUUUGUAGGACUUUGUAAGAGUUCGAAGUUCGUUCGCGUUUACGGUGCGAUCAGCCGACGUAGUGUAAGCGACAAUCGACCGCGGAUCCGGCGCGGUCGAUUUCACGCGAGCUCAUUUAGAGAUUGGUGCAAACUGACCUCGCGGAGAAACGCGGGCGGUCGAGGCGGGACGCCUCGUUUUUACGUUUCGAGAAUGCAUAGAUCUUACGAUAUACGUACAAAUCGAACAAUCGCGUCACUCGCGAAACGGCUCGCACGCGGUUACAAUGAAGGUUGCCUUCGCUCUCAGGAUAGAUUUACCCGACUGACGUAUGUGACGUAUUAGUGUACUUAAAAGACGGUGGUCUUAAGCGAAUCGGCGUAGAAUUCUUAAGCGCGAGAACCACUCUCUUGUCAUCACCUCGAGUUAUCGAGAACUCCUCCACGGGAGGAUUUCGUCGCAAUAAUUUCUUUAUUCCCCUUCGUCAUCUUCCCAUUCAUCCUAUUUAUAUCAUAGAACCCUGAGGUUUCUUUUGUUCUGCGCAUAAAAUCAAAAAGGAUCAUCGCAUCAUCUGUAAAUAUAGAUUUAUAAUCUCGCCCGACACUCUCGAAAGUGCGUCUUCGGACAGACAAUCGGAGAGACAAUCGACUUCACUCUUACGGUUCUUAUGAAUCUUCACGAGCAGCCUGUUCGCGCUAUUUUAGACGCUUUAACGGCGAUUGCCAAUUUAAGAGGUUACUGACGUUUUUGAAAUUCACGCUAUUUUCAAAUCUACUAUUUUCUACAGUUCAUAUACGUACGACUCGCGCGUUUAUGUCUCCGGACGUUUCCAGUCUUCCAGUUUUUAUCGGAUAUCGCAAGCUGCACGGGGAAUAUCGUCCAAGCAUCUCUCGACAGCAAUCUCAGUUUUAUAGAAAAAAAAAAACGCGCCUGUCGAAAGCAGGGGAGAGAAAGAGUAAGAUUAUGUAUUUCUUAAAUGUGAACGAAUACUUAACAAUCGAUCUCAAAGAGAGAGGGCUAUUCGCUUCGGUCGCUUAGAUGAUAUUCUUCGGCAGAUAAUAAGGACUGAGCCUGCAAUUUUUCACUCGCCUCAGUCUGUACUAACGACAAGUGAUAAUUUAUAUAGAACGGCAAUAAUCGCGUAUAAUAUUGUGAUGCGUGCAAUACCGUCUGUUUUACAGAAACGUUUAAAAUCGCGAAAUAUAGUUACGACAAUAUAUACGUACCGCUGAGAAAUUGCAAUUAACUCCCGACGCAACCGAAAUGAUUCUUUGCUAAUGAUCUACACGUCAUCGUGAGAUAUUUUUAUUUUUGGACUUUUUGGAAACCCAUCAAUCUCGAACUUGAAUCUACUGGUAGCGAAAGAAAGAAUCUUGACAAAAUAUAAAUUUCUCUCUAAUAAUUAAUUUGAUGAAGACGGUGGUUCGAUAAGAGGUCUAUUGGAAACUGAAUAAUUUUAUAUGAGACGUGUCUUUUUCUUUACAAAUAUUAAUACAAGUUUAUAUUGUAGAAAAGUUCACUUGCCUGCAAGUGCGUCGUGAAUUUCGAGUAAGAAGAAGAUGAAAACCAAAGUGUAUUAAAUAUCGAUAUAAACUUAAGAUGUAUAAACUCUGAAACUGCCUCACUCGUUUCGUGCGAUUAUUGUACAAUCUAGAAUUAAUUUUUGAGACUAAUAGUUCGAUGUGUUUUUCGAAAUGUAACGUGACAAAACGAGUUGCAAAGCCGCACUCUCGUUACUCAUAAGAAUACUCUCGUAAUUCUUCGAAUAAUAUUUUUCUUAGUCGGUGAAUUACAGUCACGACUAAGUAGUAGGAUAAUUUUGUAUGCAAAGCAGCUGUUUUAACGACGUUUGCAUAUGUAACGGAGCGUACUUAAUAUUUUAUGAAUUAUUAAUAUUUUUAAUAUGAUUAU